CGAGGCUCGCCUCAGAUCAGCUUUGCCUGUGCCUGGGGUGAGCUGGGAUAAAGGCAGUGUACCGCCACCACCCGGUUUUAAUGAACCUUUAACUUUCGGCCCUCUAUGUGGAAAAUACAGUAGUGGUUGAGAAGUUAUAUGAAGAGUAAAUGAAGCGGAGCAGCACAGAAGAGACGAGGGAAGAAGUGGAGCACCAGAUGUUUAAUCAGCCAAGCACGUCUUCCGCAAAGGCUCCAGCAAUGGGGAAGAAACAAAAAAAGUCAGUGAAAGACAAUGGUCAUAAACCAGAGGAAAAAACACAGGAUACUGAGGCUCGCGCUUGUAGGAAGGUACCAAUUCCUCCUUGUCCAGAACAUCUGCCCCCAGUGAACCUGAUUCAUCGAGAUGUUUUGCGGGCGUGGUGCCAAGAGAGGAAGCUGAGCUCCAAAGGACAGAAAUUAGAGGCUUAUAAACGACUCCUUGCAGGGGCUUUCCCAAAGCAAAUGAAUGUUCCCGACUCGCCAAAAGAGGCCAGGGUGAAGGCAUCUGUGAAAAAAAUGAAGACAGAGGCGGUGGUAGAGCCGUGUUCUGAGGUGACAGUUCCCCUUGAAGUGAUCCCUGUGCCGGAGGAACAGGUACCUGCCCUGACUGACCCUCCGGUUCUCUAUGAGGAAGUCAGCACCACCUUUGUGGCCACAGCUGCCUCUGAGGCAGUGUUGGCAUCUUGGGGCAGAAUUGCAGCCAAUGCUAACAGGGUCGAGGCCGUGCCCAACAGCGCCACACCAGACACCCAUGGGGAAAUGUGGUGUGUGGUUCAUGGGAGAAGCUUUUCUUCAGACCCACGUGGCUGGGUUCGCCUGCAUUUCCAUGCCGGACAAGCCUGGGUACCUGAUAAGAAAGGAAAAGUGGUUGCCCUCUUCCUGCUCCCAGCUUGUACCUUCCCACCCCCACACCUGGAGGACAAUAUGCUGUGCCCCAAGUGUGUUCACAGGAACAAGGUCUUAACUAAGAGUCUCCAGUCAUAA